CGCGGAGCAAGUUCUGCAGUUUGAGUAGAGCGGUGGAGCAGCAGGACCUCCUGCAGGAGAUCUCCCGUUUCUUCAGUUCUAAAGAAAUUAAUGCCUUCCUGUCCUGAGUCGUCUCCUGCUUCUGCUUCUAGUGUCCACUUUCCUACCUGGAUGAUAUUUCGCUUCUAUGAAGAAGCACAAUCGAAAGACUUCCCAAAGACAACAAGCUUCUGAAGAGGGAAAAAACAUGGCACCCAGAAAAAUCUCCAAAACUUUGCAAACAUCCUCUCCUACACCUGGCGGGAAAAUGAAGAAGAGUACAGACAAGAAGAAAACUCACGAAUGUUCAGACUGUGGGAAGAGUUUUAAUAAACAGGCUCAACUACGAGUACACCAGCGAAUUCACACCGGAGAGAAACCGUUUGAGUGUUCAGACUGCGGGAAGAGUUUUGCUCAAAAGUCUUCCCUCAGCAUACACCAGCAGAUUCACACAGGAGAGAAACCAUUUGACUGUUCAGACUGUGAGAAGAGUUUUGCUCAACCGUCUCAUCUGAAAGUACACCAGCGCAUUCACACCGGAGAGAAACCCUAUAAGUGCUCAGACUGUGGAAAGAGUUUUAAUAAUACGAGCAGCCUCAGGAUACACGAACGCAUUCACACAGGAGAGAAACCGUAUCAGUGCUCAGACUGCGGAAAGACUUUUAAUAAUAACAGUUCACUCAGAACACACAAGCUCAUUCACACUGGAGUGAAACCGUAUCAGUGCUCCGACUGCGGGGCGUGUUUUGUCCGUCAGAGUCAUCUCAACUCACACCGGCGCGUUCACACUGGAGAGAAACCGUAUCAGUGCCCAGAAUGUGGGAAGAGUUUUACUACACAGAGUUAUCUACGACUUCACCAGCGCGUUCACGCCGGAGAGAAACCGCAUGAGUGCUCAGAUUGCGGGAAGAGUUUUGCUUAUAAGAAUAGUCUACAAGGACACCAGCGCAUUCACACUGGAGAGAAACCGUAUGAGUGCUCAGACUGUGGAAAGAGCUUUAAUUGUCAGACUAAACUGAACAAACACCAGCGCGUUCACACUGGAGAGAAACCAUUUGAGUGCUCCGAUUGCGGGAAGACUUUUACUCAACAGACUCACCUUAUCACACACCGGCGCGUUCACACUGGAGAGAAACCGUAUCAGUGCUCAGACUGUGGGAAGAGUUUUACUCAAAAGAGCAAUCUCACCUUACACCAGCGCAUUCACACCGGAGUAAAAGCUUAUUACUGUUCAGACUGUGGAAAGAGUUUUACUCAACCGUCUCAUCUGAAAGUACACCAGCGUGUUCACACUGGAGAGAAACCGUAUCAGUGUUCAGACUGUGGGAAGAGUUUUAAGAAUACGAGUCAUCUCAGGAUACACGAGCGCAUUCACACAGGAGUGAAACCGUACUUCUGCUCAGACUGCGGGAAGACUUUUAACAAUAGCACGGAAUUUAAAGUACACCAGCGCAUUCACACUGGAGAGAAACCGUAUCACUGCUCCGACUGCGAGAAGAGUUUUGGCACUCAGAAACAUCUCGACUCACACCGGCGCGUUCACACCGGAGAGAAACCGUAUCAGUGUUCAGACUGUGAGAAGAGUUUUGCUCAUCUGAAUUCCCUGCAUAUGCACCAGCGCACUCACACCGGAGUGAAACCGUAUUACUGCUUUGUGUGUGAGAAGAGCUUCAGGUAUUCAAAUAAUUUAAAAAAGCACAAGUGCAUUAAGAAGGGUCAUUAAAAAAGAAAUUUCACACCAAUGGCUACAACAAGUCCCAACCCAGAUUUAAAACAUUUGUGUAACUUAUAGAGAAAAAAUCUCAAACACUUAAACUGUUUCUGAGGUAAAAUCUUAAAACAACGUAUCUGUGUGGAGAGGUACCAGUGAGGACUUAUUUUUUUACUGAGCUCUUUAGGAGAGUUUGUUUUUCAUGGGGAUGUGUUGGCGUUUUUUAAGUGCAUAAGUCUAUAUUCAACUACAUAUAAAGAUAUAUAAAGAGGUGUCUGCAUGGAAUCUUUAAAUGGUUAUUUGCUUGCGUAGGGUUUUAUAGACCCAAGUUACGUUAAAGUCACUCAACUUGCAGCAUUAUUAUUAUAAUUAUUUAUGCAUGUACGGUCAAAUAUUUAAGCUGCACCCUGUCUGUUCACAAGCCCACCUCACUUCCCAUUUAGGAAAUAAUCUAAAGUAUGUCAAACAUAAAUCCAACUGAUGAACUAGAUCGAAAAUUUCCAAAUUUCUGAAUAGAUGCAGCUGCAGAAGCAGGAAGAUCGACUCCACCUCUUACAGACAUUAACUCUGAGCUCACAGACAGACUACCAGAGAUACGUUAACACGUGUAAAGAAACACAAAUUAAUAACAAAAUAAUCUUAAAUCUUGCUUUCUGCCAUCUUUUGGGACCAGUGUUUGAUUAUUUUGACAGAUGAUUUUAGGCAGGUUUUAGUCACAUUUUAUUAUUUUGGUUAUUAUUAGUUUUAGUCGACAAAAACAAACAACAUUUUAGUCUAAUGCAUUUUAGUCAUUUUAGUAAAAAGUAUGUAUUUUUAUUGUUUUGCUAUUUUUAAGAUAUUUUGAUCUUAUGUAUUGCUUGAUCUUAUGUAUUGCUAUGUAUUGCUAAUCUCUCGCUAUCUUUAAGAAACUCCUGAAGACAGAGCUCUUCAAAGAGCAUUACUCUCCUAACACCUCUAACUAACUACCUUCUACUACCAGAUCAGGAGCAUCUCUCACUAUCUUUAAUAAACUCCUGAAGACAGAGCUCUUCAAAGAGCACUUACUCUCCUAACACCUCUAACUAACUACCUUCUACUACCAGAUCAGGAGAAUCUCUCACUAUCUUUAAUAAACUCCUGAAGACAGAGCUCUUCAAAGAGCACUUACUCUCCUAACACCUCUAACUAACUACCUUCUACUACCAGAUCAGGAGAAUCUCUCACUAUCUUUAAUAAACUCCUGAAGACUGAGCUCUUCAAAGAGCACUUACUCUCUUAACACCUCUAACACACUAACUACUUCUAACCUCAUUUCCUUCUUCCCCUCCUUCACUCCUCUAUCCUAUUAUUCCCCUUUGACCUCCUUUUAUCCCUAUCCAAAGAUGUUUUACCUUUAAACUUAUUUUACAUUGUACUUGACUAUUGUAAGUCGCUUUGGACAAAAGCGUCUGCCAAAUGUAAUGUAAUGUAAUGUAAUGUUUAUUAAAAUUAUAGCCUUUGAGUUUUGUUGCAUUUAAAUAAUGCUAACAUUUAAAAUAGUUUUAAAGCAAGUGACCUGUAAACAUGGUGGGACAAAUAAAGCCAAGUUUCUGAAAUAAUUCACUUUUACCCAUCUCAGGGGAACCGGUCAUAAGGAUGCUGUGUGGAGCGCCUGUGUUAUGAUCACUUCUUAAUAAUAUUAUUUUAUAAAAAAAGAAAAUAAUUCCCUAUUUUCGAUUAGUUUUCAUUAUUUGACAAAAAGUAUAAUACAUUUAAUCAUAGUUUAAUUUUCAAGUAUUAAUUUUUAUUUACUUCUUGUCUUGGUCAUAAAAAAUUAGGUCGUCAAUUUUUCAUAGUUUUAGUAAAUGACAUUAACACUGCUUGGGACUGGCAUUGUGCUAAAGUUUUUUUUUUUUUGUAUUACUGUUUGUGCCUUUUUCUUUAGUUUCUGUACAUGCAUGACCACCAGAGGAGCACUUUAUAAUAGAGCCUCUAAAAGCCCUGACCUAGGAGAGAUGUUCAGGGUCCCUCCCCUUUCAUGACCUGGAAAAACGUUUUCUCAGGCUAAUAGUUAUACAUACCUGAUGCUCGAGUACGAGAUAACACAAUUGGCCUUGUUUCCUCCAGGUGGGUAGAUGGCGCUCUCUCCCAUGUUACUCACUCCUGUGUAAUUUUGGUUAGCGCAGGCGUCUGUAAGCUGAUGUAUUAGAGCUGAGUCGCUGUGAUUUCCUCAUUAGUGGCAGUUCAAAAGGAUGCAGAGUCUGGCUUUACACGUAUCGGAGGAGAAAUGCGCCCUUCACCAUGGUGAUUGGGGAAGUCCUAAUGAAUGGUUGGAUAAUUUGAGAAAAUGGGUUAAAAUUAAAGUAAAAUAAUAAUUCUUGGCUGAUAUACUUACCUGUAGAUUUUAUCUUAUAUGCUUAUGAUAUACUUACCUGUGAUACAUAUCCAUUAUAUGUACCUAUAUACAGUAUCUGUACUUAUUGUAGUCCUGAAGGUGGAGCUUCCUCUCCAGUAAACUAAUAGGGCCUUGGCUGCUUCAGGAUGUGGGAAUAUAUAAACUUGAUGGUCCUGCAAGAGAAAAUAUAUGUUGUGAAUCGAAUUGAUGUUGGUAAUUGUUUAUGCCCUGAUGUGUAAGAUCAAUAAAAGAAUAUGGUGUUUUAUGGAGUUUUGCCCUAUAGGAUAUUGUUGUUUUCUACAUAAAUUCUCAGUAUUAUACCUUAUUCAGUAUGUUAUCCAGUUUUAUUUUAUUUUAUUUUAUUUCUUUUCGGCUUCAGGGACUAUUCUUGUAGUUGCUACAACUGUAUAUCUAAUCAGUAUUUUGUCGACUAUUUGAGAUAUGUCUGUGCUGUGUUGAUUUUUUUUAUAAUCCAUUGCAUUUUAAAAACUGGAAAAUAAUUUGAAUAAACCUUUAAAGCUA